AUGCGCUUCUACCUGCUUGCGCUCCUCAGCGUAUAUGCCGCGCUCGCCUCGGCGGCCAUCACAUACCGGAUCCAGAAGUCGACCAACCCGACAUCGGACGAGGCCGACGCCUACGCGCGCAUCGAGUCGGCCGUGAAGCUGGCCGUGGCGCGGUACAACCGGCUGGCCACGCGGCCCAACAAGUCCAUCACGGUGCAGUACGUGCCGAGCGUCGCCACGGCCGACGGCAACUUCAACGGCAACAUCCGCUUCGGCAAGAACCGCUCCUACAUGACGGAGCGGACGGCACUCCACGAGAUUGCGCACACUUUGGGGAUUGGGCAGACCAGGGCCUUUGAUACUAGAUGUGCUGCCAAUAACUGGCCGUCUGCUACGAGGCUGCUGCAGUCGUGGGACGGGCCCAGCGCUAAGAUCAAUUGUGGUGGAGGGCAUAUUUGGCCGUAUGGGCUUAACUAUGAGAAUGAAAUGAGCGAGACGAAUGCCAAUCGGCAUUGUCAGCUUAUUGAUGCCAUGUUGGCUGAUGGGUUGGCUGCGUGA